UCCCAGCCCACGCAAAGGCACCAACUUGCAGCUGUCUACCUUGCCUACAUCUCUGGCUUUCUCCUCACCCUCUACCACAGCCAUGGCUCAGUCACUGGCUUUAAGCCUCCUUAUCCUGGUCUUGGCCCUCUGUAUUCCCUGGAUCCGAGGCAGUGAUGGAGGAGCUCAGGACUGUUGCCUCAAGUACAGCCAAAAGAAGAUUCCUGCCCAGGUUGUCUUCAGCUACCGGAAGCAGGAGCCAAGCUUAGGCUGCCCCAUCCCAGCUAUCCUGUUCUCACCCCGCAAGUGCUCUCAGCCAGAGCUAUGUGCAGACCCCAAGCAGCCCUGGGUGCAACUGUUGAUGAAGCGUCUGGACAAGUUAUCAGCUCCACAGGAUCAAACCCGGGGUUGUAAGAAGGACAAAGGGACCCCCAAGCCUGGCAAGAAGGGAAAAGGCUCCAAAGGCCGAAAGAGGACUAAGCAGACCCCCAAAGCGCAAUAGCCCAGUAACCUGCAUGGAGUCCAGGAGGCCCCCACCAACCUCACCAGAGAUUGGAGCCCCAACCAAGAGGCAAGAAGGGGGGGCCAAGGAAUGAAGGACUUAGGGCUCCCCAGAGCAGUCACCCCAUGCUGGCCUUGCCACACUCCUUCUCCUGCUUUGAACAUCCUAUCUGCAUUCCCAGCCUUACCCUACAUGACUGAGCUGCUCACACCAGGCCAGGCCUAGAAAGGUAGAGGAGGAAGAAUCUCCCGGGGAGGAGGCAGCAGGACUGUUCCCUCUGAGGAGAACCACCCAGGAUCCUGGAUCUGAGCUUGCUCCUCCUAUUGCACCCCACCUCUUCCUUAGAAAUAUGAUUUAUACCUAACUGAAUAAAAAGCUGUACCAGACUGCCAUCCAA